UUGCAGGUGUUGUGUCUUGUGCUGUCAACCGGUCUGGCUGCCAGAGCUCGACCUCGUGUGCAGCAACCCAUAGAUGAUUACGACUAUCAGCCACAGUCCCAGGAAAGAUCUGGACAGUUGGUGCUGGUUUCUCAAGACGCGUAUGACAACUUAUAUCAAGCACAAAACCGUGCUGAUGAGGAGUACGAGCCGCGCGCCGUUCACCGUGGACCAGCACGUCUCAAGUCUUCACAAUCGAUACAGGAAGGACCCAAGCAGCCUCCAGUACAGACCAUUAGGAACUACAACAAGGUUAACGAUGAUGGCAGCUUUACCUUCGGCUAUGAAGCUGCGGACGGAUCUUUCAAAGAGGAGACCAGAGGAACUGACUGCGUCGUCCGUGGAAAAUACGGCUACGUCGACCCUGACGGUAACAAACGAGAGUUCACCUACGUCUCAGGAAACCCCUGCGAUCCCAACAAGCCGGACGACGAGGAACAAGAAGCCCCGUCCAGGGACUCCGCAGAGAGAGACGACCCUGAACCCAACUACCCGUCCCGACCGCCCGUGAGGCCGACCACACAGCGACCAGCGACUACCUACUUCCAAAACGACUUCAGGGACGCUGAUGAAGAACCCGAAGAGGAACCUCUCCAGAAUAUAAGACCGCGUGUUGUUCAACGUCCACAACAAGCUAGACCAGUAUUACGACCGGCCUACCAAGCUCAACAGGUCGCCAUUACACCACGACCGGUGCCAGUGACCACUGCCAGAGCGCUCCCACCAGCGACUACCUUCAGACCACAACUAGUCCAAGUCACACCCAAACCGCAAAUCCAGUACAGUCCCCAACCUGAAUACUCACCAUCCCCCUCGCCGGCCGCUAUUCUUAAUUCCAGACCGGGACAGAUCGAUUUUGCUGCUGAGUUUGCUAAAUUCCAUCGCGAAAGUCAACAACAAACUGCUUCAACACCUAGUUCCUUGAGUUCAUCGAACAGAGCUCAGCCCACCGCCGCCGCUAUUCCUUCUGGAAAUCCUCUGUACUCAACUGAAUUAGUCUUCGAUCCUUCCAGCGGUCAAUACGAUACUCAACUUUUCCAAUCUCUGCCUCAGACUAAGGGAGAACUCAAUCUCAACCAACGCCUUCAGCCUUACGUAUCUCAGCAACAGCAGCAGAGACCUUUCGUACCAUCCCCACAAAUCUCCUCUGGACCAUCCGCUCAGGCUCCCAUAUACAGACAGCAAAUACAACAAGUACAACAAGCAAAUCCUCAGGAACUUUACCAGAGGCAGCAGUCUGAGUCACAAUUCCAAAGCUCCCAACAGCUUUUUGCCCAGCAGCAACAAAUUCAACAAAGUCAAUUACAAAGAGACAGAGCUGCUGCUAAAGCUCAAGCCCAGAGACUGGCGAUCGCGCAGCAGGCCCAGGCACCUCAACGAGCUCAAUCUCCCCAGUACUACUACGUACCGCGAGAGAAUCAGUCCACGGGACAGAUCGACGCGUUCCUGAGAGGCCACGGCAUCCAGCUUUAA